AUGCAACCUAAAUCCAUUACGUUAUUACAAAAGAUCGAUUUCAUAAUAGAGCAAAUCUUAACCAAGUUUCAAGAUAUCUUUGAAUCAUUAAAGAACGAUACAAAACCAAAGGAAUUACUAUCAAUUGAAUCAUUAAGUAUUGAAAAUAAUGCCAAUCAAAUAAUAAGAUUAUGUCAAGACUUACUAAGUAUAUCGAGAAAUAUCAAAGAAACUUGGAUAUUGAGUAGUUUGAAGGUUGAGAAUGGUGGGAAAGAAGACCCUGGGGAAGACGAAAACGUUGAUAGAGUAUUUCAACUAUUCAAUGAAUUGACUGAAAAUAUAUCCAAGUUCGAAUCUCCUCAAGUAUAUGGAUGA